AAACGUUUUUUAUUAAUCAACAUACAGAAGUAACAGAUAUCACGUCGCUAUGUUAAAUUGUCAAAAACUUUUCUUAGGUUAGAAAUAUGCCAACUUUUUACGGGCCGUUCGUUCUAUUUCUAGCCUUUAGCUGCUAAUUAUGUUGAUAAAAAGGUAACAUAAGUUGUCCAUAGAAUGUCCCAAAUAAUAACAAUAAUUGCAACCGCGCAUCUUGUUUACUGUCCUUUCACUAAGGUGGAAGAGAGUUUCAAUUUGCAGGCCAUUCACGACAUUCUCUAUCACAAAUGGAACAUUUCCCAGUACGACCACUUGGAAUUCCCUGGAGUGGUGCCUCGCACCUUUCUGGGGCCCAUCUUCAUCUCGUUCUUUGCCGCACCGUUUGUCUUCAUCCUGAGGCUGUUAAAUUUGAAUAAAUUCUGGGCCCAAUAUAUUGUAAGGACCAUUCUAGCGUUAACUGUGAUUCUGAGCUUGAAGAAGUUGAGCAACACUUUGGAGAAACAAUUUGGAAGCAGGUGGCUUCAGUGGUUCAUUGCCAUCACUGUUACUCAGAGCCAUUUCAUGUUUUAUAUGAGUCGGCCCCUGCCUAACAUCAUGGCCUUGCCCCUAGUACUUCUAGCCUUGGACGGCUGGCUCAGAAAUGAUACCAGAAGUUUUAUAUGGUUUUCUGGCGGUGCCAUUAUAAUUUUCAGAUCAGAGCUGGCUCUCUAUCUGGGCAUUCUCCUUAUUUACGACCUGUAUUGCCAAAGAAUCAGUAUGAAAGGGCUGCUGCAAGUGGCUGUGCCUGCAGGCGGGAGUUGCCUGCUACUCACUAUCAUUGUCGAUUCGAUUUUCUGGAACAGAGCCCUGUGGCCGGAAGGCGAAGUUUUAUGGUACAACACUAUUUUGAAUAGAAGCUCCAAUUGGGGAACUUCUCCAUUUUUGUGGUACUUUUACUCCGCAUUGCCAAGAGGCCUAGCGGCCUCAGUUCUUCUAGUUCCUAUAGGCUGCGUCCUGGACCAAAGAGUGAGGAAACUUGUGGGUUUAUCCCUCUUGUUUGUGUUUUUCUACUCUUUCCUGCCUCACAAAGAACUACGGUUCAUCAUCUACGUGUUUCCUUUUAUGAAUGUUGCAGCUGCUACCACUUGCCACCGAAUGUGGGAAAACCGCAACAAGUCACCCAUCUACCACCUGUUGUCUUUAGGCGCCGCAGGCCACUUGGCUGCAAAUGUUGUAUUUACA